AUGAACUGUCCAUCAGGAAGGUUGAGAAUAGCUGUACUCGGUAGCGGCUUCAUGGGUACCGCAAUAAUCAAAGGUCUUCUCACCAGUAUACCCGCCAACAAUGCAAAGUCUGAAGGUCCUGUUUUGGAGAUCCAUGCUUGCGUCAGAAGUUCUGACUCCUUCUCCCGUGUUCAAACACUUCUCGGCGAUGAGGUGUCUCGUGUCAACAGUGUGACCUCGAUGGAUGAGUGGCCCGAUGCUGUUGGAAAAGCAGAUGUCGUUCUGCUAGGCAUACCUCCAGAUCAAAUCACAUUUCUCGGCAAGAAUCAACAAGUCUGCGACUCUCUUAGGGGGAAACUUGUGAUCAGUCUGUUAGCAGGGACUUCUUGCCAACAAGUCCUCGAUGCAUUGACACCUCCUCAAAAAUCAGACACUGAACCUUGCUUUGAUGUUCUACGUGUUAUUCCCAGUAUCGGAGCACAAAGUCUGGAUUCAGUGACUAUGAUUGCGGAGACAGAUCACGCCAGCACAGAGCAAAAAGCACUAGGAGAAUGGAUCUUCAAGCAAAUUGGUGGUAUAAAUUACUUACCCGAGGAUCUUAUGGAUGAAGCAACUGCUACACAUGCAACUUGUAAUGCUCUCGUCAUGCUUGCAGUGGAUGCAAUGACAGAUGCUGCUGUGGCGGAGGGAAUCCCACGGGAAAAGGCUAUGAAGUUGGUGGCGCAGAGUUUUAGGAGUGCGGCUGGGUUGUUGGAUAAUGGUAUGACGCCGGAGAGUAUGAAGGAGAGUAUGUCUGUGCCGAGGGGGAUCACUAUCAAUGCUGUGCUGGAUCUUGAGAAAGGCGGUGUUAGGACGGGGGUGCAGGAUGCUACUCGGAACGCGAUUAGGUAUACGAGGAAUAUGGCAGGGUGA